AUGGCCGAUCGCAAGACUCAAAAAGCUUCAUGCUCUCAGUGUCGGUCGCGAAAAGUUCGUUGCGACCGUAGGAAACACACCUGUGGAAAUUGCCAUCGGUUAAAGCACCCAUGCUCUUUUCGAACGGAGGCCGCGUUUCCAAGUCGCCCAACGAGAUCUGAAGAUGACCAACCUGAGAGACGUCGGGGCUCUCGUGCGUGUAUCAAUUGUCGUCUUCAGAAAGUCCGUUGCUCCGGUGAACUGCCACGGUGUUCUAACUGCCAACGGCGACAUCGAGAAUGUCAUUAUCCGGCAUCGGAACGGACUGACGUUGUCAGAGUAUACCCCGUUAAAGAUGGCGCGGAGUUAGCCAGAAUCCUUGAUGACUAUUUCUUGCAUUUCUUUCUUCAUGAGCCUUCCAUCCGGCGGAUGUGUGCGGAUCGAACCCUUGAGCCAAGCCUGGUGCUCUCCAUAUGUGCUAUGGUCAAGCUGCACUGUAAGCGAGGCUGGCCUCAGCCUUCCGAGAGCGGAUUGUUGGUUGAGUUAUCAGAAAAACGCAUCUGGGAUCAGCUUGAUAAGCCUUCAAUUUUUAGACUUCAAGCACUAUUCCUCAUUAUCCAGUAUCAUGCUGAAGUUGGAGGAUUCGAAAGGGCCUUCAUGAUGGCUUCUAUUGCAAGUCGUCAUGUAGCCGCUCUUCGAUUGAAUCAUGAAAGUCCGCAACUCAGCUUUAUCACUCAGGAGAUUCGACGAAGAGCUGUCUGGACGAUGGCACUUUUGGAUGGUUACUUCUCCGUGGGCAUCCCUGGAUACAGUAUCAUAAACUAUGAAGAGAUAUAUCAGCAAUUCCCAUGUCGAGAAGAAAGGUUUGGUUCGCCAAUUCCGGAGAAUAUAGCCGUCACAAGAACUGAAGACAAUAUUAAUGGCCCUCGCAGUAUGUUGGAGCUAGUUCUGCGUAUUUCAAAACUUCGCAGAGAUAUCAUGCGCUUUACAAGGCAGCUAGCUCUUGUAGAGCAGCCUCUGAAGGAAUUUCAGGACAUAGUUGAAGGGUUUCGAGUCAAUUUAUCGCAACUUCACGAAAGAAUCAUUUUGGCUGUUCCUCUUUCGGCUCCCAUCUGGCCAGAGUCCCGAUGGGUUGUGCGAGCUUUGGAAAUCCAACUGGCAUGGCGACAGGCGAACUGCGACCUAUUUCGCCUUUUCCUGCCUGGGCAUCCUAACGCAGCCCCCGAUGUGGUGUUGUGUCCACUAGAACCAGAUAUUUAUGUCGGUCAAGCCAGGGCUAUCUGCGAAGAACACAGUGGCUGGAUUGUGGAAACUAUCUCGGGGGCCCAAAAGAUGGACCAUCGAACACUCUUCUCGUUCGAUAUCGCGAGAUGUGCUUAUCAAGCGGCGCGACUUGGUCUGUUUCUCGGCCAUAUGCCAGAUGCACGGUCGGAAUUAAAACCAGAUGCUGCGAUCGCAAAUGCUGCAUUGUGCCUGGAUUUCAUCAAGCGAAAUUUCGCGUCAGCUGCUCACGCACGAAGGAUGAUCUCGGAUCUCAGCCUGCUAAUAGGAGCCUAUGAGACGCGGCACGGGCAUUUAGGAGCGGCAAUGGCGCUGGAUUCAUUCCGAUCUUCCGGCGACGCCAUUGAACGGCAUAAUCAACUUGCGGUUCACAGCCUCAUUCACCAGGCUAAUUUUGUUGACGAUAGCUUUCUCUAUGAGUUGUAG